UGGAAUGAAAAAGGUUGUUUUGCCCUUUUUGCAAAUUUUUUUUUUAAAAAAAAGGUUGUUGAUAACUGGGCAGUCUGGGCUACCACAUAUGCCCCAAAUUAACAUGCUGUGUUCGCCGGGGAGGAUGUGAUUGAUUAAGUAUUAGUUAAUUUUUUUUUCAAAAGUGAUCAAUAUGAUUUUUUUUAAACAACUUUCGUAUAGAAACUUUUUGUAAAAAACGCAACGCACCGUUUAGCAGUUUGAAAAGUGUGCACGCGGAAAACGAGAGGGGGACAUGAGGGAUGUAAAAUGACUUAUUCAUUUUCACAAUGUUUCUUAUUGGGCUAGAACGUUCGGCCCAAAAGAAUACUGGAGGCCUAUAGCGUUCUCUGUAGGCGGCCCACUUUUGACCGGGGCCCACCUGCCGGAAACCACGAAACUGCCCGCCUCGAAAUUCGAACGAAGCCGAAAAAAAUUGAAAAAAGAAAAAGAUCCCCCACCGAUUCAUUCCGAAACCCUCUCCACCGUCUCCGGCGAGCCCUCCACCGCCGCCGCCGCCGCCGCGAGAUGGAGGCGAAGAUCUCGUCGCUGUGCACCGCCCUCUCGUCCGUGCUCAACCACGCCGACGACUCCUCCCGCGCGCUCUCCGACGCGCUCUCCCGCCGCCCCAUCCAUCUCGAGUCGGCGGCGAGGGGGUUCCUGCAGGGGCUGGAACGGCGGUCGGAGGCGGCGGGCGCCGACCUGUCGCGGCUCGAGUCGAUGGCGUUCGGCACCGUCUCCUUCGAGGAGCUCCUCGGCCACUGCGGCGAGGCGCUCGCCAUGUUCUCCCGCCACGCCGACGCCAUCGAGUCCCGCCUCGUCGCCUUCGGCUACGUGCCACCCGACGAGGAGGCGAGCGAGGAUGUGGAGGAAGAUUGGGAUGUCGAGAAGCUUCCCGGGGUCGCUGGGAAUGGGUGCUUUGGUGGAACGAGUUCAGUGCUGAGGUCCAGUAGAGAGAUGGUGGAUGAUGACGAUGCAUUAUUUGAGAACUCCAUGUCACUAAAGAAUCUUGGCUUCUCAGAUGCUUGUCUAGCUACCUUGUCCUCUCAAGACAGUGGUUUAUCUGGAAGCACAGAGAUACUUUACAGGAAACCUGAAAGUGUUGCUGAUGUUGAAAACAAAGUAAAUGAUGCCGAAUCCAUGAUUCCCCCGAAAGAAACAAAUGGUCAAGGUAAUGAUGCACAAGGAGCCAUAAAGGCAUCCAAGGAGGAGUAUGAGAAAUUACCUCCGUACAUGAAGACUCUUGCAACAUGGGAGGAAUUGCAGGAGGCAAUAUCGAAAUUAAACUCAUACUUCAGCAGUGACAAAACUCAGGGCAAUGUUGCAUUGAAUCAAGAUGAUGUUGGAGAGAUUGGAUUGGGGCGCAAAGGAAGAUCCUACUUGUUGAUCCUUCUGCGGAUGAAUCAGUUGGCUAUGGAGAAUAUUGAUGGCUCGAUCUUCUACAAUAUACGCAAGAGCGACUCCUAGCUAGGCAAGGGGGUCCCGACCGCUGGGACCUGGAAUGACUGUGUGAAGUUUGUUUUCCAUUUUUUAAGAAAAGAACAUGCCCUACAAUGUAAUAUGUUGAAAACUCGGAUUGCUGGAAGGAUACUUCAAUUCAGAGCUGGGAAGUGUUUUUUUAGCUUCGCCCUGCUCCUGUGAGAACGUUUUUGGGACCCUGGUUUGUGUUAUUGUGUUAUUGUGAGAACUCAUGAUGUAUAUUAUUUUGGUUUGUCCAUUUUUUGUGUCAUUGUUUGUGUUUUUUUUGUUGUGUGCCAAGUUCUCAAUCUUGAUGUAUGCACAUCUUCAAUAUCAUAUCAAUAUAUCAUGCAUGCCAAGCAAAA